GGCCAGGAAUUCUCUAGGCUGACGUGCCCUUGGCCUGAGGCUCGAAUGAUCAAGUUGCGAAGCAACCAGAAAUUUGGGUCCGCUGAUGCAUGUCUCAGAAUUUCCUUUGUUCAUUGAGUGUGGCUGGUCCGUGGUCCAAGGUGCAAAAGCAAGCAAUUAUGCCCCCUCACCAUUGUCUCGCGGUACGGACGACUGGUUACUCUGUUACAAAGUACGGAACAUGGGGAAAACUGGCUCAGCCGCUAGAGAGGCUUUGUCUUUCUUACGAAUAUGCUUUUGAAGCUAAUCUCGUACUUAGUUCUCAGCGACGGACAACAAACUCAACGUCUCAACGUCACAGGCCACGGAGUGUGACGAGUGGCAGACCGUGACGUUCUGUGUGGAAAUUAAUGGCACGCGCGCCAGUCUGAGACAUGCUCUUUGUUCUACCAAGUUCAUCUCCUUCGAGUGCUCGUCCUCCUUCUCAUCUACUCUGAAGUGUUUUCACCGCUCAGAAGUUGUUCUCGCUCUCAACAUCAUCUUUUUGCUCGAGGCAUCAUUCGUCGAACUCGUAUAUAUUCCAGCCACGGACAGGACGUAUCUAUUCUUUUUUUCCAAGCGUGGUCAAACACCACAGUCAAAUCCACUCUCAAUUUCUCUUUGUCCUACGCCUUUCCGUUGCUAACCCUGCUCUCCAAUUGGCUAUAAAGUUUGCCGUCAAAAAUAUCACAACCCCCCAUCUCCCUUCGCGACCGAUACUACACGUCCUCCUCGACCGGUCCCCAACUCUCCUCUACAGUGUCUUCUUGCUGGUUUCCUACAUUUUGCAUAUCUCAUCCCAUACUUCGCAGCACUCCGCAAGUGGCUCGUGAAAGAAAUGACUGGUCUUUUCAUUGGUCCUGCGCCUUGUUCCGUACUUUUCUCCUUGAUGGUACCGUCCAAUCCAACUUGGCAAGACCGGGCGAUACCUGAUCUUAUCCUCCCUCCGGUGCCCUCUGGGGGUCUUGAGAGGCAUAUGUAUCAGCCCAUCUGUGACGCUGUGAAUAACGCUGAGGUCUGUCCAGGAUUCAAACUAAUGUGUGUUGCAAACACGAGGGAUAAGGAAGGCUGCAAGCUGCGUCCUGAUCUCGCGCUGGUCGCGAAAGAUGUUGUCGAUGUCAACGACUUCAGCGUAAUGGAUCUCUGGGGAGAAGUGAAGCCCCGGCCCGACGGCGAUGCAUUCCACAAGUCUUACAACAGCGAGGACAUCGACCUGGACUCGGUGGAGAAGAUCGAAGGCAAGAGCGCCGACUGUCGUGGACAACUGAUCUCGUAUGCUGCUGCGGCUAUGUCUCGUCAACACAGGGUCUUCAUGUUCUCUUUCGCUAUCUGUGGCCGACAUAUUCGUUUCUCACUCUGGGACCGUGCUGGGUGUAUUGUCACCGAAUCCAUCGACUAUCUGGAGCAUCCAGAACUCGUAGCCGAAUUCUUCUGGAGGUAUAGCCACAUGAAUGCCAAGGAACGCGGAUUCGACGUCACCGUCCAACGUGCUACUCCAGAGCAGGCGGACCAGCUAACGGAUGCAAUGGAGACUUACAUUGAGCUAUCGAGGCCCCGCAAUAUGGAAUUUCUUCGUGCCAAUUCGGAUCCCACUUAUUCUACCUACCAACUUUGCAUGGACAACGAAGAGGGGAAGCCUCAAUAUUUUAUCAUCCGUCAACCAUUCUGGAAUGCGGACUCGGCUAAUGGGCGUGCUACCAGAGCAUAUGCUGCAUACAAUAUAACGCAGAACAAGCUGGUCUUCCUGAAAGACUGUUGGCGUACCGAAGGCACGGAUAUCAUGUGCGAAGCUGGCAUAUACAAGCACUUGCUGGACUGCGAUGUUCCAUUCUUGCCGGAAGUCAUCCUCGCUGGUGACGUGAAGGUCGACGGCGAUGAACAGCGAACCUUCUGCGAUGAGUGGUCCAAGCCUGAUAGCUUCCCCGAGUGGCGCCUACCUUGCAAGCCUCUACGGACAUACGUACACUGUCGAAUUGUACAAGAGCUUGCAUACCCUAUCGCGUCUGUCCAGUCUUCCCGGGAAGCUGUUCAAGCCUUCCGUGACGUGGUUGAAUCAAUAAAGGUUGCAUACGAAGUCGGAGACAUGUUUCAUCGAGAUAUCAGUACAGGGAAUGUGAUGAUCAGCAAGAAGGGUCGAGGUGUUCUCAAUGACUGGGACCACGGUGUCAGGCUAAUUCCUGAUCGGGAACCCCAUGCAUCUCGAACGGGAACUUGGCAGUUUAUUUCUAUGGCUUUACUUCAAAAGCCGGACAAGUCCCACGAGGUUCGCGAUGAUCUCGAAUCCUGUUUCUGGGUCCUCCUCUACGUUUCCCUCCACUAUUUCAAACAUAAUGGCCGUGACGUGGGCUUUACGCUUGGUUUUUUCGAUGAAAUCCAAGAACGGAAGGUAGCAGGCGAGGCUCAGUAUCAGUCAUUCGGCGGCGACUCGAAAGCUUCUCUUCUCAAAGGGGAACGACUUAAUGAGGUACAGUGGGAAUGUCGCCCUCUCAAUGACCUCAUCCACACUCUGGCGGAGUUAUGGAGGACGGCUCACGUCUUGGACGAUAAGUUAGUUCGCAUAAUAGGCAAACCCCAGAGGGACAUCCUCUUGAGCGCUCUGGACAAGGUCUCAAUAGUGCUGGAUAUGUUUGAAACCGUGCUAGCAUCUGAAGGGUGGAAGGACAAGGACGCAAUUCCCGACCAAUAUCCUAGCGUAUACCAGCGAAACGUGGACCAGGCCAUCGCAAAAGAGAAGACGGGAUAUAUUGCCAGUUCCGUCCGCGAAUCUCAAGCUAUAGCUCUCAACGGGGGAGCAACAACUAGUCAAGCAUCUCGUCGCCGCGUUGCCGCUCAGUCUGGAAUUCCGCAACACUAUCAAUCGAAUAUUCGCCCGACAGCUGAACAGCUGGCCUUCUUGCAAGGACUUGCCAUACCGAAGACUUCAUGUAGCACGAAGAGAACCAUAGACAAUGUUCAAGCGGGAGAGCAUAACGUGCCUGUUGGUAGCUCAAAGCGAAUGAAGACUGAGGACCCACCAUUAUCAUCAGGCCGACGUUCAACUUACGAACCUCCUGCGCUCGUCAACCCGCCUACUUCUCCCAUCAAAUCGCCCACCAGACUGUCUCUCCCUUCUGCUCCAACUUCCUCUUCUGCCAGGCCUUCAUGUCCUCCCGCCGAACUCAAUUCGCCUCCUGCCGGCCCGUCACACAUUGAGAGAGUGCCUACUCCUCCCGCUGUCCGCCACCGUUACUUGACACGCUCGAAAACAAAGCCCAAUAAUGUUCAGGGUGAGGAUCUGGAGAAUGAUGUUCAGGAGGCACCUCUGGAGGAUGUUGAGAUGAAACAAUUUGAACAUCGGUACCCGACGCGUUCAAAGUCGAACGACAAACACCCUCGCCCUCAGCGUCCCCCGAAACCAUCGAAGGCUCAGGUUCAAACCGUGCGGAGUGGCAAAAGAGAUAAUAAGACGGCCGGGAAGGGUCUCAAGCAUGCACCUCAAGAACACGUUGAGCCAGUACAGGUUGAACAUCGGUAUCCGACGCGUUCGAAAUCGAACGAGAAAAAUCCGCGCCCUCAGCGUCCCCCGAGACCAUUGAAUAUUCCAGCUCAGACGCAAGAGAGUGUCAAGAGAAGCAAUAAGCCGACUGCCAGCGGUAGUAAACGAACGCAGACCAAGUCAAAAAAUCGUCGACGACAUCGAUGAUCAUCUCACCUCAGUAGAAUUGCUAGUUGAAUGUUGUCUGCACAUUGCAAUACACAUCACACUCUUGUUCAUUUGUUCUUACUACAAUGCGCUCGCUGCUCUUUGAUAAAAUACUACUGAAAUUAUAAUCAUUAAAUAGCUACC